AUGAUUGCCCGGAGUAUGCCCUCGCUGUUGCUGCUUUUUAUCCCAAUUCUGGGAUUCUCAUCGGUUUCCGCCUUUUUUAACGACAGCGAGGAGAUCCAGCCCCGCAUCAUUGGUGGUCAGGUGUCCAGCAUCAAGCAGGAGAAGUACCUCGUACAGGUCACCACCAACACGGAGCUCUGCGGAGGAUCGCUGAUCAAACCCCGUUGGGUGAUCUCUGCGGCACACUGCGUUUACAGGCAGAACAAGAAUGAGUUCAAGAUUUAUGGAGGUGCCUCCGAUCAGGGUGGUCCAUAUGCCAUUAUGCGCAGGGUAGAUUUCAUGACCGUUCAUCCAGCUUUCAAUCGCAAAACCCUCAACAUGGAUGUGGCUGCCUUGCGCCUGACUUCGGAUAUGACUGGAGCCAAUAUAGAGACGAUCGCUUUGGCCUCCACAUCCGUUCCAGCUCGCGUCUUGGUUAAAGUCUCCGGUUGGGGUUUAUUAGCUGCCGAUGCCACCGAAACGGCGAAGCGGGUGCACAGUGUCAUGGUGCCCGUGUGGUCGCGAUCCGCGUGUGUGUCUGCGUAUAAGGGAAUCCACCGGAUCACCCGCUCCAUGAUGUGUGCCGCCAAGCCGUACACAAAGGAUUCCUGUGAUGGCGACUCGGGAGGACCUUUAGUGCAUAGUGGAGAGCUGGCGGGGAUCGUUUCCUAUGGCUACGGAUGUGCCUCAGCUCUGCCUGGUGUCUACACUAGUGUGCCUGUGAUCCGAGAGUGGUUUCUGCGCACCGUGCAACAGAAUUCCUGA